UUUACUUUGUUCCAUCGAAGAAGAAGAAGAAACUUCCGGCCAAGGAGCACCCUUUCGACAUAUUCUUCCCUUCUCUAUUUCACAGAGAUUAAUAAGAUAAACGUGUCAUAAUUGCUCACAUUGUAGCAUCGAGGACGCUGUUUUUUUAUGUAACAUUCCAAUGUUACGAGACCAAGCGAUGUCCGUGGUGUUUGACGGUAGUCCGCUGAAUGCGAUGCAGAGCUCUCAUACUCGCACACCGUUGACUGUCCUGAGUGGCCAGGAACUGUCUCAGGAGAUCAAGUCUUUCAUCAGUGGCGUUGACACAGUUCAGGGUCGCAAGCUCAGCGUCCGGGAACAUGCCCGUUGCGCUGUGCGUCUGCUGCGUUCCGUCCCGGCCUGUCGAGGAGCCGUGCUGGAGCAUCUGAGGGGCAUCUAUGACGAGCAUGUCUCUGUCUUCCUGCUUCACCUGGAGACCGAGGGCGACGGGAGCUCUGGCAUCAGCUCGAAUCUGGAAGACAUCAUUCAGGAGGUUCACGGUGUUCUCUCUGAGUUCAUUCGCCUCAACCCGCGGGCUUGGGCUCCUCUGGUGUCCAGCUGGGCUGUGGACUUACUGGGUCAGCUCAGCAGCAAACAUGCUGGUCGGAGAGUUGCCCCCCACUCCUCCAGCCUCAAUGAGCUUCUCCAGCUUUGGAUGUCCUGCGCCGGCACUCGUUCCCUCAUGGAAGCCUACUCUCAAUGUUUGGGUGCAAUGCUGGUCUGGUGCCCCGAUGCUUGCGUGGACGCACUAUUGGACACCUCGGUCCAGCAUUCCCCACAUUUUGACUGGGUGGUGGCUCACAUCGGCUCUGCCUUCCCGGGAACGAUCAUCAGUCGAGUCUUGGCUUGUGGACUAAAAGAUUUCUGCUCCCACGGCACCAAGGAUCAAGGGCUGCUGGUGAACGGGGUGGACAAAGGCAGCCGAGUGCCAAAGAUCGGCUCGGUGGUGGGAAUCUUGGGGCACCUGGCAGCGCACCACUCUGACAGCAUCCGAAAAGAGUUGCUCAGGAUGUUCCAAGAGAGCCUAAACCCAUCCACGCCCAUGUCUCCCACUUCAUCUUCAACCUCCUGGGAGGGUUCCCCUCAGCUACGUCGAGCUGCGAUACCCUUUCUUCUUCAGUUGGCCGCCAUGUCUCCAAACCUCUUUGGUGCCUUGUCUGCUGAGCUGGUGGAUCUGCUGCACCCGCCCGUCCUGCUCCAGUUGCACAGUUUGUUGCAAGGACUCCCCAGAGAAGAAUUGGAGAACAUGCUGGGCCUAGCUGUCCACCUUAUAUGCCAAAGCCCAUCGGGGGGCGCUCGGGUCCUCCGCUUUCUGUCAGAUACGGCAACGCCGGCCUCAGUCAUCAUCUCCGGUCCGACGCCAUCCCCUCACGAAGGCGUGAGAGAAGGUUGCGAUAGCCUCUUACAAAUGCUGCUCCUGCACCUCCACAAGUUGGUGUACAACCGCUCGGACAGUGCGGACGGACAUCCCCAUCACUUGGCUUCCCCUCAGCCGCAGGUUGUCAUCCCGUUCCUGGAGGAGUUGCAGACGCACGUCAGUGAGCUGUGUGCCGAGACAUUGAGACUGGAGAGGAAGCGGCACCUCUGGCUGCAUCAGUUGCUUUGCCUGUUGUCUGUAUAUGGUGGCCCCAGCGUGGCCACCGAAGCCCUCUGUCAGCUCCUCACUCAGGCCCGCAACCCAGAGGAGUUGGCUCUGGCCUGGCAGCUUCACAACACACUCUCGUCCUGCUUGGCAGGGCUCAUUCCUUCGGCUGUGGCCUACUGUGUGGCCCAGAUCCACACACACACCUUGGGACCUCGGCAGCUGAGGCAGCUGCUGCUAAACCUGGCAACUGUUCUCCAGAGUCAAGAUGAAGACAGAAGAGGAACACCAGACGCUCAGUCCACCAUGGCUGUCCAGGUGGGAUCCGCAGUGUCUGUACAUCUCCACGAUUUUAGCCCGCUCCUUCUCCACGGCGACCCGACAGUGUCCCAUGCUGCGGUGCGGCUCCUGUCAGCCAGUCCGCUCCCUCGCACGGCCUCCCCAGCACACCUCCUCCUGCUCUCCCGUGCUGCUGUCGCUCAUUUCUUCCUUGCUCUGCGCAGGCGAGGGGAAGUGGGGAAAGUGGGAAGAGACGGGGGACAGGCAGCCGAGGCCGUGAGCUGUUCUGUCCAGUUGCUGUCCCGUUUUGCUGCAUACUCCACCCUUACUCUCAAGGCAGUGCUCCAGCAGCUGGUAGAGGGAGUGCUGCAUAAAGGCAACGCGGGGCUCUUCGGAGGGCAGAUUGCAGACAUGUCGGGCGCUCCUGUGCCCUCCCAGUCGGGAUCCCCUGAUCUGGGAGCCUCCUUGCUGGACAUCAACUGUCGGUUCGGUACAACGGUCAACUUUUCAGGAAGCGUGUGGUCAGUGUUUCAUGCUGGGGUGAUCGGCAAGGGAUUGAAGAUGCGUACUGAUUCACCUGAGCCUGACCCAUCCGGGGUCACUCUGAACAUCCAGACCCUGCUGACUGUUGUAGUUCAGUGUUGUAGCUCCUCCGGUCUCAACGGCUCACGGCCACCCGCAGACCCUGACGAACCGCCGCCCAUCAACGCUGAGGCGGCCAAGGUGAUUGCUGUCACACUGGUGGAAAAUGUAUGUCCGGACGUGGCCAACGGGGAGCUGUCUUGGCCUCCCGAGGAGCACACCCGCACCACAGUGGAACGAGACAUUCACAUUCGGCGCUGCUUUGAGGCCCACCCUGUGCUCUUCACUCUGCUUCAGGUAGUGGCUGCAGGACGCCCGGCUCUUUGUUACUGCUCAGCAGUGCUAAGAGGCCUCCUGGCCACCCUGCUGGCCCACUGGGAGGCGUCUCGCGAGGCCUCAUCCGCAGACUCCCCGUGGCAUCUGCGGGCCUCCUGCCUCCUGGUGUCCUGCAUGGGCGAGGGCCAGCUUCUGCCUCCUGUGCUGGCUAAUGUCCACGAGGCUUUCUCCCACCUCGCACCUUUUGAGGUGAAGCUGCUGCUGCUAGCAGUAUGGGAGUAUGUGAGGGCCAACGGUCCCAUGCCUCAGAAAUUUGUCUUCAACCCGGACAAGGGUCUUUUCUGCAGAGAUUUCUCCCGGGACGGUGAUGUGGCACGAUACGUGUCACCGAUUCACAGUGUCCUGCAUAAGAACAUUGACAGACUGGGACACCUCUGCUGGAGGUUUCAGCUCUGAGAGAAACGCGGGGGCACUCAUAGAGAGAGGAAAAUAAACGCUUGUGUUGCGCUACGAGUAGACUGCAGGACUCAUAUCACUGGAAUUUACUUUCCUACAUAUCGCUGUGUGCAUGGGUGUAUAUCUUUUGUACUAUAUUUUUAGACUUUAUACUUUUCUAGUGCAUUGUUUCUGAGAAAAAGCAAAAAUGUGUACCGAAUAUUGACUUACCUGCACUUAAUUCAAGAAGAUGGAGCAUUUAUGUCAUUCUGCUUUGGGAAUUACAAUUUCUUAUAGUUUAUUAUAUUAUCAGUAUGAAUUUAAAAUGAAUCCUUCUUUCAAACUUGGCUUAUAUGCCUUAAAAGGCUCAAAGUGUGAAUUAGUGUUUGUACCACUUGAAAAAAAAUAAAUCUCACAUAUACAUCUCGAGUUGAGACAU